CGAAAAGCGGUCAACCAACAACAGAAUCAGAAUGUGUACAGGUGUUUUUUAAUGUAGUUUGUAGUUUCACUUUAAAAAUUUGGGUUCUCGUUCCCCUGCAAAUCAGUGUUGAUGGCCUGGAAACUUGAAAUAUCUCUAAACAAUUUACAUCGGUGAUCAUGGCUAACACUGCCACAGAAAAUGAGGCAGAUUCUGGAAGUAGUGUUAUUCCUAUAGUAGUAAGAAACAUCGAAAAACAAGAAGAUGAUCCACCAGAGGAGCGGGUGACUGGGUCUAAUUCUAACUACGAUUCAUCAGAAGGUUCCCAUAAAUGCACCAGAUGCGAUUUUGAGGCUUCUACAUCUACAGCUUUAACAAAUCACUUUACUAUCUCUCAUGCAGCUACAAACGAGGUCGAAAUGGAGGUUGCCGAAAAUAAUAGUUCUUCUACUGAUAGGGUGCACAGAAAAAUGUUUGAAUGUGAUGUAUGUAACAUGAAAUUCUCAAACGGUGCUAAUAUGCGCAGACACAAAAUGCGUCACACUGGUGUAAAGCCCUACGAGUGUCGGGUGUGCCAGAAAAGGUUUUUCCGGAAGGAUCAUUUAGCAGAACAUUUUACAACGCACACUAAAACCUUGCCGUACCAUUGUCCAAUUUGUAACAGGGGAUUCCAGCGACAAAUAGCCAUGCGAGCUCAUUUCCAAAACGAGCAUGUGGGUCAACACGAUCUGGUCAAGUCAUGUCCUUUGUGCAACUAUAGGGCAGGAUCUAUGAAGAGUCUUAGAAUACAUUUUUUUAAUAGGCAUGGAAUAGACUUGGAUAACCCAGGAGCACCUGGAACCCAAUCCCAAUUAAUUGCUGCAGCAGCCCAACAAGGUUUCAGCCCAGUAGAUGGUGCACUUAAUUCUCUGAACCAGCUCAAUACGAAUUUGUCAGUAAGUGUAACAUCAGGGGCAACUUACAGUGAUUCUGGCGAGUCUACUGGAAACAGGAGUACCGAUAACGCAACUCCGCCAAUGCACUUUUUGACGCCUCACGUUGAAAUUUCUAUGGCCGAUGCACCAACUGCUAUGUAUUCUCCUUCUUCGGAUCAAAAACAAAGGACAAGCCAAUCGGAAGCACCUCGGAUGGCGAACGGUGACAGCCCAAAUUCUCCUCAAUCAGCCGAUUCCAAUUCAAAUGCGCCUACAAGCAGCCACAUUCAACCUAAUUCUUUGAGGAUGGAACAGGAAACUAGUAUAACACCAUCAAUUUCUUUGAUUCCCAUUAAACAGGAACCUGGUGAAGAAUAUAGCGAUAACUCCAAAAGAAGUGGAUCUUUAAAUUUGAGCCCUGAAUCGGAUAGUGUAACAAUAGAGAAUGCGACUAGCAGUAGUUUAAGCUCGUUGAUAAAAGUUUCACCCUUGAAAAGUUUGUUACGUGAUGACCUGAAAAGAAAAUUAAUUUCCAAAAGCAAUUCGUCCGCUAGGGGACGAUCCACUGCCUCACCUAACAACAAUAACUCUGAUAGUCCGCCGACGGAUUCCAAUACAAUAACGAAUGGUACGAUAACUUCAACCGGCUCAGACCAACCCUCCGACUCUUCGCUCUGGCGAAUAAUGAGCAAACGCUCGUUGCAAUGCGUCUUUUGCGGCAUAGGCUUCCCAGAUCAGACGCUGUAUUUUCUCCACAAGGGCUGCCAUUCGGACGCCAAUCCCUGGAAGUGCAACAUUUGCGGAGAACAAUGCUGCAACGUCUACGAAUUUAAUUCGCAUCUGUUGAGUAAGAGUCAUCAGUGACAAUGAAUGGAUUGAGGGGUUUUCCUUUUAUUUUGCAAAUUUUAUUUAGAAAAAUUAUUGUUAAAAUAUGUACCUAAAACUCUCUUUGACCGCAUCUGAACGAUGAUUUUUUUUUUCCCAAAUUGUCUGGAGAGUUGGUUUCUUAAUGUGUCCACAAAAUAAUAGUCUUUUUCAGUUUGCAUAUUGAGUUCCAUCGUUUCAGUUCAACUUUUUUAAUGCUUCCAAUGCUUUCUUACCAGCUCAACUUAGUAUACAACAUUUUUCAACUUUUUUUGAUUCUUGUUACUCAGCAAAUGAUAUAAUUUAUUUGAAGACCUGUCUUUUAAAAUCACUAUUUGGUUUGUAUUACGGGCUGGCAUACAUUUGUAUGCCAGCAACUUUUGUUUAAAAUGUUUUAAUUCAGAAAUCAUAAUCUCCAUUUGUAAAUUACUAUAUCACAUUCCUCCAUCUUCUGUGAUUCCUACUGAUAGUUGAUUUGCUUGAGUUUAGUGAGUAGGUAGUUAAUUAUUUCAGUUAAAUUAAAAUAGGUACCUUUUAGAAUAGCUAGACUGAUCAUUUUUGAAAUUAGCAAUAUUUUACUAAGUAAUUUAGUAAAAAAAUUCAAAUUUUUUUCUUAUGAAUCAUAUCAUCGCAAAAUUAUGUAUAGUCUGUCUAAAAAUUAACUAUGCAUAAUUCCCCAACUGAAAAUUUUAACGAAAAUAUUGUUAGUCAUUUGUGGUUAGUGAAUUGUUAACCAUGAAUAUUUGUAACUAAAAAAGUUACUAAAUUAGAUUAAAAUUAGACCAUGUAUGGGAGUUAUUAUUGUUAAAUUUAUUAUUUAAAAAUGGAUUUAUUUCAUACUGUAUUGUAAACAACACCUACUGGGUCCGGUAAAAUUGUCGGACUGAAAUGUCAAAUUGAAUUAAUUUUGAGACAGACUAUAUAAAAUCUGUUUUCUUUUUAAAGAUAAAAGUCAAAAUGACAUUCUGUUGGCAAUACAAUGUAAAAUUGUCAAUGCUUUCGAUUUUUUUAUGUAGAAAAUGCUUGUGCUGCCAACAUAGUUACUAUAUUUUUAACUUGGGGAAUUAUCUUUAAAGAAAAAACAGACUUUAGGUAUAGAUAAAAUUGACAUCAAGUGGAUUUGAAAUCUUAGUGUAUAUAAGUUUUAGUAAGAGUUUAAAUUAGGGAUAAAAAUGUAUCUUGGUUGAGAUAAUUAAUUCAUUCCUAAUCUAAAUUCAAUUUGCAUGAAAAAAAAAAUUCUCAAAAAAAGUUAGUGAUAAAUUUCCUUCCUAUUUGUUAAGUUAUUGGUAGCACUUGCAAAAUUAUUUAGUGCCUUAUAGUGAUAAUUCGAGAAAAUACUUUACAUUCCAUUGUUAAAGCAUUGAUUUUAUUGAAGUUUUUAUUACUUGUUAAAUUUUUGUAACAAAUGUGUAUGAUCUAUAUGUAUACCUAAUUGUUCAUGAUUUUAUGCAAUAGGCCUUCCUAUAAGGUCCAGCUCAAAGAAGCUCAAUUUUUUUAUUGUGACCAAAGGCCAACUGCCUUCAAAUUUGGCAGCUUGAUUGUAUUUUUUUUUCAAAUAAAUAUUGUCAAUAAUAAAAAGUGCCUGAAAAUUACUAAAUUGUAAUAUGUAAUAAGCAUAUUAAAAUGAAACAAUAUCCGUCCAAAAAAACUAAUAUAUUGUUGAAAAUUAAAUAUUUACAUAUACAGUUUAUAUUAUAGAGUUUCCUUAUACAUAGUAGCUUUUAAGAAUAAAUUGUUAAAUGCAAAUUUAGAAUUAAAAUAAUUGUACAUUUGUAAUUAUGGAAAAAUCCUAAAAUGUUAUAUUUGUAAAUAUUUUUAAACAACCCUCAUAAAUACAUAAAAAUAUAUCUGUGGCUUCGUCGAAAAAAGGCCUAUCUAACAAAAUCAAGUUUUGAGAUAAUCGAGGAUUUGUAUGAAAACUUGAAAUGCUUAUUACUUCAUUGUUACUUUUCCGAAUUUAAUAAAAUUUUGGUAGAGUCUACUAAAAAGCAGAAUUAUUCAUGUACUUAAUGAAUUUAUUUUUUAAAAAUCUUUUACUUUUAACAUACUUUUGAUUGUUAGGCCCUUGCAUUUUUUUAUCAAUGUACAUAAGCCCUAAUUGUGAUAGGUGACAAGUAGCAUUUGGGACCCAAAAAGUGUGACUUAGGCCUUAUUGUUAGUAAGAACGGUACUUAGGCCGUUUUUACUUCACUUGAAACGUUUUUUCUUUUUUUUUUUUCAAGCUGCUAUUAUUCGAAAUUUGACUGAAAAUGAAAUUUAUUACAAUUUUUAAAGAAAAAUAGAAAAAAAAUCUGAAAAAAGUUAAAUAAAAAAGGCAAACACUUCUAUUAUUCUUCAUAUUCUACUGAACCUGCUUGUUAUAUCCCACACUUUAAAUUCUUCUUCUGACAUUUGAACCUAGACGACUAAAGAAUAAUUCAUAUCUAUGUUCCAGUUAGGCCUGCUUUUGUUUUUAGCGGUAAAAUUGAAAAGGCCCUAAGUAAAUAUAGAACCAAAAUUGUAAAAUUAAAUUUUAUCUAAGUUGCAGAUAGGCCCUAUAGGGAAAAAGCAGAUAGAAUGUUAAAAAGACCUAAGAGCACAUAGACCAAAUUUUUUUAGGCCUAUCAACCACUUAUGCCCGUUUGAGUUUUUACACUUUAUUCUUAUAGGUAGAUAAAACCAAUGAAAAUGGGUCUUAACUGAACAUAGGUCUUUAUAUGGAUUAUAACUUUUACACUUAGGUCCUUUUUACAUUAAAAUUUUGAUAACCUAAGAGUUUUAUUCGCUCAGGACCUUUUUCAUUUUAAAGAGCACUAUUUAUUUGGUUAGUUAGGCCCAAUAGCUCAUUUUUUGAAAAUUUGCACUUAGGCCCUUUUUCGACCAAGCCACAGAUAUAACUAUUAGAUGGCUUUUUUGCAUAUUAUAGUUUUUAUUGCAAGUUGUUCACUAGGGUUAUUUAAUAAUAUCUAAGUUUGACAGGAUGAGUAUAACUUUACAUAGUUGAAAUUAUUUUUCCUAGUUAUUUUUUAUUAUGUCAACAUUAAUGGAUAAUCAAAAUUCCAAUAGUUUGAGACAUCAUUUCUGAUUUUUCGGUUAUUUUUAGCACACAUUCCACAAAUUUAGAAAAUUUAUAUAUAUUUCUUUUUUAUAUUAUUUUAUUUAUUUAUUUUUUUGUUAGAUAUUUGGUGCAAUACACUAUAUUAUAAUUAUAGUAUACAUACAUUUAGCUCUAAUAACUUUGUUAGACAUUCCAUGUACUUUUGUAAUACUUAUCUAUUGUUAUUAUUACACAUUUUGUAGCUACAUUAUACAUACCAUAUUUAUUUUUUAUUUAUCAGUUCAUUUUGUUGUAAAGAUAGGUAUCGAUUCUUAGUUUUUUUGGUGGAAGGGUUAAAUAAAGUUUUGAUUAUAUUUUUAAAACAUGUUUUUAUUUGAUUCCAAGUUUUAAAAAAUUAUUCUAACUCAUAAAUGUGUAAACAAUAGAGAAAUUGGACAUUUAUACUGCCGUACUAAGUGGACAGUACGUGCAGUCAGCCAGCCCUGAGCUCGAGAGACCCAAUAAUCAAGCGGUCUUUCACUCAAUAGGAGGUAACCGGCUAUAACUCACAACUCAGGAACUAGUAGUCCUAGAGCUUCCAAGUAAAAUUUUUUCUCAUAAAAGAGGACAAGAAAAAUUGCUGGAAAUAGUUUUCAAGUUU